CGCAGACUCAGACCAUAUGACAUCAACUAACCACGUUACUACUUCUGUAAGAAAGGGAAUAUAUGGAGUGUAUGAUGCACAGUGACUGACUGACUGACUGACUGACGCUCGUUGCUCUGCCUGUCCGCCAGAGCCCAGAGCAGCAGACGCCAGUCCCCUGUUCGAGCAUUUAACGUGUCCAGAUCGACCGGGGGACCCCGCGUUUUUAUAUAUAUAUAAAAAAAAACCCACACGCCGUGAACUCACCGGGGCCCGCAAUUCCCUUUGAGCUCGAAUGGUAGGGAACCGACUGAUUUUUCGGAUCUAGAAAACCGAACCACUUUGCAGCUUCUCGCCGCAGCUCCGCUGACCUGCCUGGAAAAGGGACAAUGGGGAAACAGAACAGCAAACUCGCCCCUGAGGUGAUGGAAGAUCUGGUGAAGAACACAGAGUUUAAUGAACAUGAACUCAAACAGUGGUACAAAGGAUUUCUGAAAGAUUGCCCCACUGGCAGACUGAAUCUGGAAGAAUUCCAGCAACUGUAUGUAAAGUUUUUCCCAUAUGGAGAUGCUUCGAAGUUUGCUCAACAUGCCUUCAGAACCUUUGAUAAGAAUGGCGAUGGAACAAUCGACUUCAGAGAGUUUAUUUGUGCUCUCUCUAUUACUUCAAGAGGUAGCUUUGAACAGAAGCUGAACUGGGCUUUCAACAUGUACGAUUUAGAUGGUGAUGGUAAAAUCACAAGAGUCGAGAUGUUGGAGAUCAUAGAGGCUAUUUAUAAAAUGGUGGGAACGGUCAUAAUGAUGAAAAUGAACGAAGAUGGUUUGACGCCAGAGCAACGAGUAGACAAGAUUUUUAGUAAGAUGGAUAAGAACAAAGAUGACCAGAUUACAUUGGAUGAAUUCAAAGAAGCCGCAAAAAGUGAUCCUUCCAUUGUAUUACUCCUGCAAUGUGACAUUCAGAAAUGAGCCGUCAGUAAUGCAUCAAGGACUGCACAAAAUUCAAAACGUUUCAUUCGGUUUUCAGCUGCAUCCACACAUCCACACAAAAAGUGCUUGGACUACCUUUAAACGGACUUGCUUCUUGUGUUUGAAACACUUGUGUGCAUGAGAAUGUUAUAUGCAAAAAAAGUUUAAAUUAAUAUAAAAACUGCCAAAAGUGAAGUGUGCGCAAUUUCAUUACCAUAUAAAAUUCAUUCCUCAAGAGGCCUGUGCAUCAGUAAUGUGCUGCAUUAAAAUAUGCUAUUAUUAUUCAUGUUCCACUGAAGCUUGCAAUGUGUUUCAAUUACUGAAUAAUGGUGAUGAAACUGAAUUUCCAUGUCAAUGUAACUGUUUAUAAUAGACCAUUUCUUUUUCCUCUAAACAUCACGGUAGAUUUGAGAUAUGGAAUUUUGAAACAGUCAGCAUCAAAUCUCCAGUGGAAAGCAAACUGGGUUACACAAAUCUACUUGCACAAAAUGUGACAAGGGAUUUCUUCAAUUAUUUGAACCCUGGGGAUAAAAAAAAAUCAUAAGUGUUGGAGAGAAACUUAAGAGUAGGAGAAAAAUACCUCAGAAAAGUGCAGCGUUGUUUUACUUUAAAUUCGCACUUUAAUUCUAAACAGAACGUGCACACACCAGGUGGGCUGUUACUUACAGCAAACCUUUAAACACAUAGCCAGAAAUAUAGAACCUCCAGCAUCUCAUUUUAGAUCAUUCCUACAAAAACUGAAGCAGUCAUUUUGCAAAUUGUCACUAGCUACAAGGAAAUUUGAUAGUAACUUUUUAAACUAUUUGUAGAGCUUUUCAAAUUAAAACAUUAUGGUAGUGAGCGUUUAUAAUUCAUGGGAAUCCGAUUUUAUUUUAUGUCAAACAGGAAAAUGUACAAUUCAAUUGGCAGGUCUUAACACAGUAAAAUACCAUCAUUUAACAAUGUGAUAAAAACAAGAAAAGAAAUAUAGUACAUAAUAAGCAACAAAGUACCACUGCUUUACUUACAAGUUAACAAUAAAAUGUUAAACAGAUCAAUUAGUGAUCUCAAUUGUUAAAAGCAGUAUACAAUUCCUCUUUCAGAAUAGAUAUUCAGAGUACAACAUGUAAAUUACUAUUUCCUAAUUUUCCAUUGUGUUAAAUAGGACAGCCAACUGGAAUGUCCUGUAAUUUUAUACAAGGGAAAUACAGUGUGCAGAGCUUUGUAUCGUCUCAGUCUCCCAUUGUCACUCUGUUUUAGAUCUGCUGGUUCGAGGUAGUCUGGAAGCAAGUCAUAUUUUUGCAAAUCCUCUAAAAUAAUGGUUUGAUGCCCACAAUCCAUUCAUAAUGUUAUACAAAUAUAGCUUGAUGUGGCACCAGGUGUUCCGGGAUUAAAUAACAAGUAGCUCCAAAGCAAGAUUUAGGGAUGACUGAGAAAAGUGUGGAUGCAUAUUCUUUUAUUUUAUUUAGGACUAUGGGACAACUCAGUAGAAUGUACUUCCCGUUAAUACAUUGUUUGAUUGGUAAUCCAGAGCUUUGAAUUCAAAACAAUAUUAAAAACAGUCCACAAAACUAGAACUUGAAACAUAACUUAACUUUUAAUAUCAAAGAUUUUAAUCUCACAAAUUACAUCUUUUCAAAGAUUCCACUUCACCAAGAGAGUGCUUUAUUUGUUCAGACAAAAGGUAACAAUAAAGCUUACCAGAUCUUUCCAUUUUUGUAUGCAAUGUAAAAAAAAUGCUGGUAAAAGUGUUCGGUGCAGUACAUAUGUUUGUUACAGCUUUUACAAAUAUCAUAAAUCAGACAAGUCAUCAAUAUCUUCUACAAUGAAAUUGUGCAGAAAAAAACAACCCAGAACUGUUAACAAAAUUGUGGUACUAUGUGAAACAAAUAAACAGUGGCAUGGACAUACUUUAACCUGAAA